CCACGAUGGGAAAUGAGGCCAGUUACCCGGCGGAGAUGUGCUCCCACUUUAACCACGAUGAGAUUAAAAGGCUGAGCAGGCGGUUCAAGCAGCUGGACUUGGACGGCUCGGGCGCUCUGAGCGCGGAGGAGCUCCUGGCCCUGCCCGGGCUGCGGCGGGAUCCGCUGGCGCGGCGAGUGAUUGACGGCUUCGACACCGACGGCAACGGACAGGUGGACUUCAAGGAGUUCAUCGUGGGGACGUCCCAGUUCAGCGUCAAGGGCGACGAGGAGCAGAAGCUGAGGUUCGCCUCCAGCAUCUGCGACAUGGAUAAGGACGGCUACGUUUCCAACGGGGAGCUCUUCCGGGUGCUGAAGGUGAUCGUGGGGGACAGCCUGGCGGACUGGGAGUUACAGCAGCUCGUCGACAAAACCAUCAUCUUCCUGGACACGGACGGCGACGGGAGACUAUCCUUCGAGGAGUUCAGCGCCGUGGUGCGAGGCCUGGAGGUCCACAAGAGCUUGGUGGUCGUUGUGUGAGCUUUUUUUAACAAGCAUCACCCAACAACGACUUUUUUCUUUCUUCUCUCUCUCUUUCGAGAUCAGCUCAAGACGCCCGGCAACUGUCUCUCGGACUUACUUGGAAGUAUUUCUCUUUGGAAAACCACAUUUUCUAACACAGACCUCAUGACCAGC